AUGAAGUGUGCUGUGUGUGAUGCAUCAUUCAAUGACGGAGUCCAGUGUGGGGCGUGUAAAAAGUAUUUAGACUUCAAUUGCGCAAAUAUUACCGAGACAGGGUAUAGGAAACUGGGACCUGAACGCAGACUGGCAUGGAAAUGUCCCCAGUGUAAGCUGUCAAGAUCAUCUUCGCCUAGUCCGGGAGGUGAUUCCGUCCUGGAGACUAUACUUAGCGAGAUACGUGACAUGAAGCAUCAACUUUCCAGUCUUCCCACACUCGUUGAAGACGUCAAAUGCAUCAAGAGAGAGCUGGAAGAUCUUAAAUCGUCUUGUGAUUUUAACAGCGCUAAAUUAGAUGAACAAGAAUUGAGGAUCUCCGACUUAGAAAACAGAGUGUCCGGGAUAGUCAUUGUUCAAUCUUCUUUUAACUCUGCUGCCAAUGAAAUCACUGCCCUUAAGAAGGAGUUAGCACUAAAGGAACAGUGGGCACGGCUCAAUAAUGUUGAGAUUAAAGGCGUACCUAUGAAGUCCGGAGAAAACUUAUUCGAGCUGGCUGAAUCAUUGACCGUGGCAGUAGGCUAUAGUUUUCCGAAAAACCAAAUUAAUUACAUUGCCAGAGUACCCGUUUAUAAUAGUAAAGAAAAGUCGAUAAUUAUAAACUUUAACAAUCGAUACGUUAAGGAAGAGUGCAAUUUGAUCGAACCGUGGAACGGGUUGGGGGCUCAGUUAUGCAACGGUGCAUCGGUACGCGCGCCUACAGCGGCGUGUGCGGCGCGACUGCGAGGCUUGCUGGCCGGACCGGUGGGCGAGCACCUCGGACUGGCACCCUGCGCCCCGCCCGCGCGCCCCGCCCACUGCCCCCCCCCCCCCCCCACUGCACCUACUCCUUUAGAGCCUUCUAAGGACGCCUGUUACUCGAGCCGUUUAUUUAUCAACGCCCAAAAACAAAGAACAGUCGCCCACAUCUAUCUCUUUGUGAUACUAGCUCAAACCAAUUUAGGAUCUGUGAGGAUGCCACGUCAAGCGUUCGUUGCUUUGUUGGCUGAUAUAGUCGAAUUUCUAGAGGCUAAGUGUCCCGGUCACCAGGCGUCCGACGAUCGGUCCUCCGGGGCCAAUGGAGGCAAGCGGACCUUACCUUUUAGUUUAGUGAAUAUAUUACGAGAUUACAGCGCCGAUGCUGCAAUAACAAGGAUAAACUCCGCAGAAUUCGUAUGA